GUAAAAUCAGUCUUCACUUUCUUCAAACCUCCCUGGAAGAUCCCAGGAGAUCGGUUAGUUGCAGACAGUUGGUUAAUGGAUACGGGAGCAGGCUUUUCCAACAAGUUUGACCGCCUCCCCUUCAGCUGGUUCUUGGUUCGCGGCGAGAGGUCCGGUCCUGCAGGCCCCUGACCCUCCGAUGAGUUCUUGCGGAGACCCUGCAGCCGAGGAGGGGUGCAAACUGGAAGCGGUGAUCCAGACCUUGCAGACGACAGUGCAGAGCGCAGAGAAUGGGAAGGGAUUCGUAUGUCGGGGAGAUGCCGAGGAUUCGCCACUGACGUGUCUCGCUGCCAAAAUACGGGAGAUCAUCACCAGAAAUUUCAUGGAGGAGCAGGCAUCAGUUUCCUCCCCGGAGAUGUCGUCCGUGCUGCCUCUUCAAGAAGAGAACAGCAUCCUGCAGCAGGAGCUGUCCCGCGUUGAGGACCUGCUGGCUCAGAGCCGAGCCGAGCGGGACGAGCUGGCGAUUAAAUACAACGCCAUCAGCGAGCGGCUGGAGCAGGCCCUGCGGCUGGAGACCGGAGACCGGGAGCGCGAGUGUCUGGAGAGCAAAAGCCUGUCACAGCAGAACGUUGAGCUGCGUCGGCGGCUGGAGGAGGAGCAGGCUUCCUAUAAACGCAAGCUUCAGGCCUACCAGGAAGGCCAACAGCGACAGGCCCAACUCGUCCAGAAACUUCAGUCCAAGGUCCUUCAGUACAAGAAGAAAUGUGGCGACGUGGAGCAGCAGCUGCUUGAGAAGGCCACAGAGCUGGAACAGCACCGUCUGUCGAGCCGCCUGGAAGUGACGGAAAUACCGAUGCCGCAUUCUGAAGAGGAGCAGAGCAACGAGCUGGAGAAUGCCCUCAUCCGACUGGAAGAGGAGCAGCAGAGAGGUGCCAGCCUCACCCACGUGAACUCCAUGCUCCGAGAACAGUUGGACCAGGCCAACUCCGCCAACCUGGCCCUGAGUGAGGACAUUCGCAAACUGACCUCUGACUGGACAAAGGCUCGGGAGGAGCUUGAGCAGAAGGAGGUGGAGUGGAGGCAGGAGGAGGAGUCCUUUAAUAUGUACUUCAGUAACGAACACAAUCGCCUGCUGACACUCUGGAGACAAGUCGUGAGUUUCAGACGUCACUUCUGUGAGAUAAAAUCAGCCAGUGAACGGGACCUGUCCGAGCUGCGGAACGACCUGGCAAGAUCCUCGCGCACGAUCCACGCCUCGUGCCUGAACCUGAGCGGCCACCUCCGGCUGUCGGAGAGCGGUGCGGCGGCUGCGCUGGAGAAGCGUUCGGCCCAGCUGGCACAGCUGGAGGAGCAGCUGCGCGACAAGGUGCGGGAGAUGAUGCAGCUACAGGCCAAGUGCGACCAGGAGAAGGCUGAGCAGAACGCCAGGAUCACGGAGCUGAUGGUGACUGUUGAGCGGCUGAGGACUCAGAACAUUGAGAAGGAGAAGAUCAUCAACAGCCUGAACCAGACAGUGGAGAACCUGGAGUUGAGACGAGCCGAGGCACAAGAUGUUCAGGACGGGGCUCAGUUCGAGUCUGUGAAAGCAGAGGUGGAAUCCUUGCAUCAAAUUCUGAGGGACAUUACCCAGGUCAUCAUUGCUGAUGCCGACAGCGGGGCUCAGACCGUGCCCGCUGAGCGGACUGGCGAGGUCACCGAGACGGACUCCUCUCUGUUCAGCCCCCUGGGGUUCUCGUCCAGCCUGCGCACGCCAUCUCCACACCGGCGCCCCUCGCCCCGCCGCAGCCAUUCGCCGGGACACCGCCUGUCACCCGCCCUCACUGACUCCAUGUGCUCGGCCAUCCAGGGCGCGGUGCAGAAGAGGCAGCUCCAGAUACAGGAACUGCGUGCUAGGAACGAAGCAGCCCAGGACCUGGUGGCCAGUCUGAGGAAGCACUUGGCCGACAGUGAGAGUGAGCGCCGGGCGUUGGAGCAGCAGAUCCUAAAGCUCCGGGAGGAGACCGAGGACCUGCUGAGGGCCAAGGAUGACGCCAAGCGCAACGCCAAUCGCUUCCGCUCUUCCGCUGACCUGCUGGGAAGUGAGAAGUCGAGCUUGGAGAAGUCCCUUCAGUGUCUGCAGCUGCAGACUGAGACGGUGCAGCAGGAGAACGAGAGGCUGCAGCUGGCCAAAGGCGAACUGCAGAGGCAGCGAGACAACCUGGAGGACGAGAAGGAGGACAUCCUGAAGGACAAGGAGAGGGCGCAGAAGGAAGUCGACCGAGGCUACAAGCUGAUUGAGCAGCUGGAAGGAAAGAACUCGAGUGUGAAAAAGGAGCUGGUGCAGGUUAAGGAGGCAUUGAAGCAAGCUUCGUUGGACAGGGAGGUUCUGGAGAACGAGAAGGCUGAAACUAAAGAGGCACUGUCCAAGGUGCAGAAUACCAGUGCGGAGAUGGAGGUGACCCUGAGCAAGCUGAGGACGGAGCAAGCCUCUCUGCGGGAUUCUCUGUCCAAGAUGAGUGCCUUCAAUGAGGGGCUGGCCCAGGACAAGGUGCAACUGAACAAGAUCAUCCUGGUGCUGGAGGAUGAGAAGAUGAUGCUGCUUGCUCAGAAGAAGGAAGUGGAGCAGGAGAAGACCUCAAUCCGGGAUGAGCUGGUCCGCCUGGAGCAAGAGAAGCUAGACCUCCACAACGAGCGCCACAGCCUGGACCACAGCCUGCAGAUGAUGGAGCAGAGCCGCGAGAACCUGGAGCAGGAUCUGAAGACCUGCCAGCAGGAGAAGGGAGAACUGCAGGAACAACUGGGACAGGUGACUCGACAGAAGAACAGCGUGAGCGAGGAGCUGGUGCAGGCGCGCCACGAGAUCGAGCGGCACAACGAGGCGCUGCUUCGCGUGGCCAAAGAGAAGGAGGAGCUGACCAGGCUGAAGGCGAGCCUCGAGGUCCAGCUCACCGCGUCAGAGCGCGAGAACAGGGCACUGGCAGAUGAAGGAGCGGGUCUCAGGUCUGAGAAGGAGGCCCUGGAGACGACGCUGUUUGACACCAGGCAAUGGCUGACUAUGCUGGAGACGCAAAAGGAACAGGCUGAAGGCGAGAAUCAGACGCUACUCCUGGCCAAAGAGGCUCUGCAAGCUGAAAGUAACCGUAUACAGAAGGAAAUAGAGGUGGAGACGACCAAGUGGGAACGAGACAAAGAACUUCUCGCUCAGAAACUCUCCCAGGCCCAGCGGGAAGCGCAGGUUGCCCUGAAAAACGAGCAGACAGCCCACGAGGAAGACGUGGACCGCCUGCAGCAAGAGAAGGAGUCCUUGCGUUUGGGGCUGGAGGAGGAACGAGAGGAACUGCUGCACCAGCUGAAGCAGGAGCGCGAGGAGCUGUGCGCUCGGUUUGAAGCCGAGAGAGAAGAACUCAGUGAGGAGAUCACCGCCCUGCAACAGGAGCGAGAUGAGGCUCUGUUGCUGGCUGAGAAUGAGAAGCAGCAGGCCUUAUCCUUGAAGGAGUCGGAGAAGGCCAUUCUCUCGGAGAAGCUCACCAGCGCUCAGCGGGAGCUUGGAAAUGUUUCAAUGGACAUGGAGCAACUGAGGCGAGACGCCAACAGCCGGCACGAGCAGGACCGGAACCAAAUUAAUAAUUUGACUUCAGAGUUGAAGAAUUUCCAUGCCCGGUUUGAGGAAACUGUCAGUAUCCACGAGCAAGAGAUGAAGACCCAGAAUGAGCAGUUCAAGGACCUGAUGAGACAGCGAGAAGCUACACUCCGAGAGGUGGAGGAGUUAAAGACGCAGCUUCAGGUAGCUGAAGACGCUCGCGACAGCAUCCGGCGUGACCUGAUUGAAGCUCACCGUAGGAUCCGGGAACAGCAGGAGACCCAGGAGGUCCAGCGUAAAGAAAUCCUGGACUUGAAACGCUCGGUAAUGGAUGAAGUGAAGGAGAAGGAGGCACUGCAACAAUCAAAUGAGGAGCUUAGGUUCAACAUCAAGAAAACAGAGAGUGAAAGAAUCAGUCUGAAACGAGCCAACGAGGAGAAGGAACAGAGGAUCUCUGUUCUGGAAGAGGCAAAAGCAAACUUUGAGAAAGAAUCAGCAGAUCUUCGGGCGAGCCUCCGCGAAGUUGAGAAAUCCCGCCUGGAAGCGCGUCGAGAGCUUCAGGACUUGCAUCGACAGGUAAAGACAUUGGACACUGAAAAGAUGAAGAAGACCAAAGAGAUUGUGGAUCUCCAGACCCGUGUGACCCUGGACGAACAGCGAGAAGAAGAGAACCGGCGUGAGUCAUUUGAACUGAAACAGAAAAUUCUGCAGACUGAAGCCAGCAGAGAAUCCACUCGGAAAGAGCUGGCCAACCUUCAGCGGAGGCUGAAGGAAGCAGAGCGCGAGUUUCGCAUCCGAGAGAAGGACCUGGCGGGGAGCCUGGAGGAAGCCCAGGGAAACGGGAAGAAGCUGCUGGACAACGCACGCAACCUGGAGCUGAAGCUGGAGAAAGCUCAGGCCGAAAUUCACGUGCUCUGCCUGAAACUGAGCGCGGCAGAGGGACGGGUGAACGGGCUGGAGGGCGAGCUGGCGCGGGCGGAGGGGCAGAAGCGGGACCUGGAGUUCAAGCUGAGCUGCCUGUACUCUGCCCUCCGCCGCACACUGGGAAUCAGCCGAUCUGGGCGGUCGCAGAGUCCAGUAAUCCGUGGGCAAAGUGCCUCCCCCCACAGGCGGCACUCUCCAACUAAAGGCUUUGACAACACCUUCACCACCACGACAGACGGCCAGGGCAGCCCAAUCCCUCGGACCGGGACGCCCGAGCGUAGCACCACGUCCCGCCCCGCGUCGCCCAGUCGCUCGCAGUCCCCCUCCCGCGGUGAGCAGUACGGGGCGGACAUUGACCCUGAAGUGGUUCGAGCGGGGCUGCGAGAUUUCCUUCAGGAGCUGAGGGACGCGCAGAGGGACCGGGAUGAAGCUCGUAUUCUUCUCUCUAACCUGAGCCGACAGCUGAAGGAGCUGGAGUCAGAUCGGGACAACAGCAGCAGUCGUCUGCAACAGCUGCAGAGGUCAUUGGCUGAGUGCGAGGAAGGUAAGAAGGGCGUUGACGGCCGGCUGAGCAGUGCGCAGACCGCGCUGAUGCUGCAGGAAGAGACGAUCCGUCGCAGCGAACGAGAGCACAAAGUCCUGCUUGAUAAGAUUGCUACACUGGAGAGAACAGUCCAGACAGCAGACGCCGACAGGAGAACCACACAGGACAAGAUAAGCAAAAUGAAAGCGAACGAGGCCAAGCUGGAGAACGACAAGCGUAAGCUGAAGGAGGUCCUGGACGCCUGCGAGAGCCGCACCACGAAACUGGAGCUGUCUCGCCGCUCGCUGGAAGGGGAGCUGCAGCGGACGAGGCUGGCGGCGAGCGACCGCGAGGCCGAGAUCCAGCUGCUGCAGGAGCGCGUCGAGAGCCUGCAGCGGCAGGUGGCCGACAGCCACUCCAAGAGCAGCAGCCUGCAGCUGACAGUGGACCGGCUGAACGCCUCGCUGGCCAAGUCGGAGGAGGGGGAGAGCCAGCUCAAAGACAAGGUGCAGAGCCUGUCCCUGACGCUGUCCGACAAGAUGGCCAGUACCUCGGCGCUCCAGGAGAAGGUCCAGCAGCUGCAGAAAGCCUUGAGCAGCAGCGAGCACGACCGUCGCGUCCUCCAGGAGCGUCUGGAGGCGGCGCGACAGGCGGUCGUCGAGACAAAGAAGCAGAACUCGUCGCUGUCUGACAGAGUGCAGGGCCUGCAGAACGAGCAGCAGGACAUGGAGCUGCAGCGCGCGGAGCUCGAAAGACAGCUACACAAGCAACAGGAGGUUCUGCACCAGCACCAGGAAAGUGACGAGAUGGCGCUGCAGACCGUGCGGAAGCUUCAGGAGGAGAAGCACCUUUACCAGGAGCGCCUGGGCGUCCUGCAGCGGGCUGUUGCCCAGCUGGAGAAUGAGAAGCGGGAGCUGGAGCGGUCAUCAGUCCGGCUGGAGAAGGAUAAAGCGGCCCUGAAGAAGACACUGGACAAGGUGGAGCGCGAGCGAUUGCGGUCAGAGGAAGAUACCCUGCGCGUGUCUGCGGAGAAAGGUCGCCUGGAUCACUCCCUCACAACGGUAGAGCAAGAGCUCGUGGAAGCCCAAAGGCAGACCCAGCAGCUUCAGGCCCAGCUCUCAGACGUCGAACAGAGCCACUCCCAAAGCCUAAUUGAAGCCACUGCCCGCCACCGGCAGGAGCUCCUGAAGGAGACAGAACGGUUGCGUGCCACUCAGCUGCAGACGGAGAGGACCCUCGAAGCGCGAGAGCGGGCUCAUCGACAGCGCGUGAAGGGGCUCGAGGAACAGGUACUGACGCUGAAGGAACAGCUACAGCAGGAACUCCGACGGCACCAGCCUCAGUAUUCCCACUCGAUCACCUCUGGAAAUUGACUCCAUUCUGGGCAAUUUACAACAGCGAUACAGCAGGCUGCCAGCCUGCGUUCUCUUCUAGCCCCAAAUCAAGGGACACACCAGACCCCCAUUGAUAGCGGAGUCAGGACAACCUCCACACCUACCCAACAUCUGGAUCAGAUCAUCACUCACGCGCUCCAUUGUCUUGUAUUUGUACUCCCUGUGCAUUAAUCUUACAGAGACCACUCAGAGGGGUUUUGCCAAGGCCUCAGAGAAACCUGCCUGCACAGGGUCAGGGACUCUCAAAACGGUUAAAAAUAACCAUUGGGAUAUUUGGCCUGGUUCCUUUUAUCUGAAUCAUUUCCUGCCCAUUUUAGCAGCUGGAAUGAUGGUUCCGAUUUUGAAAGGACUUCUGGGCAUGAGAGGAUUAGACUUGGUGAUCAUUGGUAGUUGGAAUUCCUGCACUGCUGUCUGCCGAUUAAAUCCCUCUGUUUCUUGAGCAUGUAUCCAAAUGGGGUAGGCCUCUGAGCAAACAACAGAAAAUCUGCAGACGCUGGAAAUCCAGAGCAACACACACAAAAUGCCGGAGGAACUCAGCAGGCCAGGCAGCGCCUAUGGGGGGAA